AUGAGCAUGCGGCGAGAUCUAGAAGGCCCCGAGAUACUCACCCGCAGCAACUGGAAAUCAUGGAAGAAUGAGAUCGAGAAGCACGCCCGGAAAGAAGGAGUCUGGAAGUACUGCAACCCCGAUUCCCCAGGUGAAUACUACUCCGAGCUCCACGAACCCGAUAAACCACACAUUUCCACAGUCCGACCCGAAGCAAAAUCCAUCGUUGACCUUGGAGAGGAUGACUUCAUCGAGCUAUCCUCGAUCGUGGACCAAUACUGGAAGCAGAUGCGCGCAUACGAAAACAUUCAAACAAAACUGCAGGUCAUCUUUGAACUUAUCGAAAACCAUGUCGAUUACGAACACUUCAGUCACAUUAAACAUGCGGAAACGCCGCUGGAGCAGAUGACUGUUCUAUCUGUUAAGUUCAAGAAAUCUCGCCUAGAAGAUCUGCAGCCAAGGUGGGAGCGUAUACAGGAACUGGCUAAUAAGCCGGAUAUACAAGCGCUAUUCAAACUGUGGAAUUCCCUGUUCACAGACUGCGAUGUGUAUCUUUCUGGUUCUGCUCGAAGGCAGGAUGUCUUUUGGGAUUGUGUGGAGAGAGCGGGAGAUAUCUCCGGGAACUGGUUGCCUCUUACUUCGCAGCACUGGAUUCAAACCCACGAGCGUGUUGAGUCGAACUUUGGGGAUGUAUACUCUCAGUCUCGUUCACCAGCAAGGCGGAAAUCUAUCACUUCCCAGCACUGGAUUGAACACUCCGACCAUAUUGAACCGAGGAAUGAAGAUGAUUGCACUCAGCCUCGUUCGCCAGCUAGACGGGAGUCUACCACUUCUCUGGGCUGGAUUAAGAACCCUGACCAUUCUGAGUCGAGAAACUAUAGGGAUGUAUACGUUCAACCACGUUCACCGACUAUGCUGGAGCCGACAGCUGCCACUUUCCUAGCGUGGAUUAAAACCCCUGACAAUUUCGAGUCGAGAAUCUAUGGGGAUUGUUGCGCUCAGCCUCAUUCACCGGAAUCCGUCACUUCACGGGACUGCAUUAAAACCCCCAACCAUUCUGAGUCGAGGAACUAUGGGAACGAUUGCGCUCAACUUCGUUCACGAGCUAGACAGGGGUCUAUCGCUUCUCGGUACCGGCUUGGGUACUAUGAGCCUGUGGUGCCGACUGGAGGCGUGCCUAUCGCUUCUCAGCACUGUACUAAUGACUACGAGCGUACGGUGUCGAUUGAGUGCACUUGCACUUCUCUGAGUCCACAGCCUGGUUCUGUGGCAGCUCAGAGUGAUCAGCAUGAGGUCUCUGGGGACGAUUUGGAGAUAAUGGGUCGUAUACGAUCAUUGAGACUGCCCGGGAUGGAAGAAAGCAAAAUCUAA